GUCACGUGACGCCGACUUAUCUUAUCUUGUCGCACCUACAUCAGAGUUUGGUUAAGUAGAGCACCAUUGUCUUUGCGAACAAUUCAAUUCAAGAUGAUUACGACAGUUCUUGUCCUGGGACUCUGUGCUGCGGCGGUGCAAGGCGUCCCUUUCAAGCGCCAGUUGGGGAUCUGUGUGGAGGAGUGUUCCGUGGUCGGCAUUGGGUUCCUCAGCGGUUGUCCGCAUGGUCAGGUCUGCCAGUCCAACGGGUGUGGACACACGUGUCAACCUGUAAUCCUGGGUAAGCGACAGUUUGGGAUCUGUGUUGAGGAGUGUUCAAUGGCCGGCAUCGGGUUCCUCAGCGGUUGUCCGAAUGGUCAGGUCUGCCAGUCCAACGGGUGUGGACACACGUGUCAACCUGUAAUCCUGGGAAAGCGACAGUUUGGGGCCUGUGUUGAGAUGUGCUCUCCUGCGGGAAAUGGCCGGGAGGAUUCCUGUCCCGCGGGCACUACCUGCAUGUCUAACGGCUGCGGACAUACCUGUCAGAGCGUCAGCCUCAAGGGAAGAAGCUUAAUCAAACCAAACUGCCCGAUGGUGCUGUGUGAGCUAUACUGCUUUAACGGGUUCGCUACUGGAGCUGACGGGUGUCCGGUGUGCAGCUGUAACAGUGUGGGCGACCUACACAAUGUGCUGGGAACACUCGGCUAGAAGGAGCAAUACCGGCAGGAGGAAACACUGGGUUUUGUCAAUCGUCUCUGAAACUGUGAAUAAACUAGUUACAAUGUU